AUGCGGCCUUGCUCUCACUUGUCGUUCUUGUCACGUUCGCACGUCGGUCAAUGGCUAUCGCUGAUCAUUCUCGACUUGCUCUUCCACCCUUGCCUCGCCGACUUGCGCGUCCCACAGCCUAUCGUCGCGACAACAGGCUCGACUUUUCUCGGUUAUGAUGGUGCUUGGUCACCCGUCAACAUUCGCGUCGGUACACCGCAACAAUAUGUCUCGCUUCUUCCCAGCACAUUGAGUCAAGAAACUUGGGUUGUAGGCCCUGCUGGUUGUGACGGAACCUCGGCCUGUACGAACCAGAGAGGUGGGCUCUUUUCUGCCAAUCAAUCCACCACUUUCCAGGAACGCGGACCUUAUGAGCUCAAUUCCCAUGACACUGGCUUUGGUUACUAUGGCAUGGAUACCAUCUACUUGAGUGACGACGUUUCUACAGCUGACCAAAUUGUUGCCUUGGUCAAUUCCACUGAACACUGGAUCGGAAGCCUAGGACUCGGCGUACAGCAGACUCGCUUCGACGGGACCGAGAACCAUCUGCCCUUGUUAUCCAGCCUUGUCCAGAAUGGCAGCUUUAUUCCAAGCCACAGCUAUGGAUACACCGCUGGUGCUUUCUAUCGUUUGAAGAGCGUUCCAGCAUCUCUGACCCUGGGGGGCGUUGACGCAAAUCGAUUCAUCCCUAAUAAUAUGACUUUCACCUUGAGAACAGACUACGCUCCUGUUGUAGCCAUCAACUCAAUCUCGGUGUCGGCAAACCCACCUAACGAUGCCUCGCUUCCUGUGAACUGGAAUUCCAAUCCGGUAUCUUUGUCUGAUAGCUUUCAGGCUGAUACAUUUACGAUUGACUCUUCAACUCCUUUCCUAUGGCUACCAGAGGCCAUCUGCGAUAACUUUGCACAGGCACUCAAUCUCACUUAUAAUGAUACCCUUCAACUUUACUUGUACAACAACGACUCAUCACCGAAUGAUCUCAAAUCCUGGAACUUGACAUUUACUUUUGCAAUCGGCAAUCUCCCUGGAAGCUCUAGUAACCUUGACCUUACUUUACCGUACGACGCAUUCAACUUACAGUUGUCGUAUCCAUUUCCGAAUCUUGACGCCAACUUCACCUCUCCACCUACCAGUUACUUUCCACUGCGCAAAACCGCCGACCCAACACAGUAUAUAAUUGGCCGCUCCUUCUUGCAGGAGACUUAUCUGGUAGUUGAUUACGAGCGUAACAAUUUCUCCUUGUCCCAGGCCGUCUUUACAGUCGAGGCCGUCAACAAUGUCAACCUCCUGUCCAUUACUCGACCCGAGAACAGCAUUUGGCCAGGACCUUCUGUGUCCUCUGUGACAUCCUCGGCUCUUUCUACAGGUGCAAAGGUGGGGAUUGCUGUAGGAGCUGUAAUUAUUGCGUUGCUCGCAACAGCCGCCUUAUGGUAUUUCUGCAUCAAGAAGAAAUGUCCUGUUGGCGAUGAAGCAAAUGAGCACCCAAAGAAGCGUAGCUUGUUCACCAGACUACACCUAGCACCUAGUCCAAAGACAUCGGUGUCCGAACUUCUUGGCGAUAAGCGACAUCCUACCGAAGUCCCAGCAGAUUCAUCCGCCACUCGUUUUGAAAUGGCCGCAGUCGAAGAUGUUUCAUCAACCUAUUUCCAAAGGGACAAAGCAAUUGCACGAAAUGAUCCGAGAGAUCCAGCAGAACUUGACAAUCGAGACGUAUCCACGAAAGCAGCAGAAGCAGCGGCUAUUGCUGGUGGAGGCAGUCAACGCUCUGCCUCUCCAGUCCCUCCCUAUUCACCUGCAGAUGCCAACAAUAGAUUUAGCGAUAGUAUUAGCCCUUACACUCCGAGACACAGCCACGGCUUCGGAACAGUCUCUUCUGGGGAGCAGGGUAUCAGCCCGGUAGAUGGGAGCAGUAAUGGGCACUCGCGACAGUCCAGUAACAGCAAAGCACUCUCCAGUCCAAUUUCACCGGAAGCCGCAGCGACAAGACCACUGCAGGAUCGAAGCCCUAGAAUAUCCAGCAAUGGAUCUCCAACAAACAGCAGUAGUGGCAAUCUGAUGGUGCCACAACUGAAUGGGCGACCACUAUCAAGAUCGCCUAGUACUGGAAGCAGGUUUGUUGAGCAAGGUCUGACCGCCGUUGCAGAGGAGCAGCCUGCUAGUCCCCCUGCAGCUUUAAAGAGCCCAGGUCCAAGGUUCAGCUGGGAACAGUGA